AUGUCAAAGAUUCCUAGAGACUCUAUCUCUCCGGACAGCCGGGAUAGGGAAUAUCCUACUCUGUGCCUUGAUAGCAAGCAUGAAGCUUCCAUCCACUCUGCAACCGAUGAUACUCACAGCAUCCACCAGCUUCUGCUCUGGAGCCGACUUCGCGAGUAUGGUCGCGAUGCUUUCUCAGAGUUCUUCGGGACCCUGAUCUUGAUUCUAUUUGGAGAUGGAGUGGUCGCGCAAGUGUUGCUUAGCAAUGGCCAGAAGGGUGACUAUCAAUCAAUCUCGUGGGGAUGGGGACUCGGUGUCAUGCUCGGUGUGUACACAAGCGGUGCAUCAGGAGCGCACAUCAACCCAGCCGUAACAUUCGCCAACUGCGUUUUCCGCGGGUUUCCCUGGCGAAAAUUCCCCGUUUACGCGCUGGCCCAACUUCUUGGCGCGAUGUGCGGUGCAGCCAUUGUCUACGGGAACUACAAGUCGGCCAUUGACGUCUUCGAAGGGGGACCCGGCAUUCGAACUGUACCUGGGUACUCUACCACGGCCACGGCAGGCAUCUUCUGCACGUACCCGGCCGAUUUCAUGACCAAGACGGGCCAGUUCUUCUCCGAGUUUCUAGCCAGCUCUAUCUUGAUGUUUAUGAUCUUUGCCCUGAAAGAUAACGACAAUUUGGGCGCGGGGCCCUUGACACCCCUUGGACUCUUUUUUGUUAUUUUUGGCAUUGGCGCCUGUUUUGGCUGGGAAACGGGCUAUGCGAUCAACCUGGCGCGAGAUUUUGGCCCACGACUCGUGUCUUACAUGCUGGGUUAUGGCCAUGAAGUGUGGGCUGCAGGCAACCACUACUUCUGGGUACGUCCUGGGUUUUCUAUUGCUACGGCCCUUGCUCAUCUGCCCAAACAGGUCCCGAUGGUCGCUCCGUUCUUGGGCUGCACGUUUGGUGGUUGGAUCUAUGACUUGUUCCUCUACACGGGACUGGACAGCCCGAUCAAUACGCCAUGGAUUGGGGUCAAGCGGUUGUUUGGACUUCUUCACCAGAGGCGAGUGGUCAUGCCGAGCCCAGUGUAG